AUGCCAGCCGACGGCGAUGUGGAGCUGACCACUCCGGUGAAGGCAGCCCCGGAGAUGAACCAGAGGUUAGACGUGGCGGUGCAGAACAGGGCAACGGUGGAGGCACUGUACAAGGCGUUGUUGGGACAGGGGCACAUGGACAAAGUGGCCAAGUUGAUAGCAAAUGACCUGGAGUAUUGGUUCCAUGGUCCACCGGGGAGACAGCACAUGAUGAGGAUUCUGACCGGUGAGACGGCACCGAACAAAGCCGGCUUCCAGUUCGAGCCGAGGAGCGUGACGGCCAUCGGCGACUGCGUUAUCACGGAGGGCUGGGAGGGACAGGCGUAUUGGGUGCACGUUUGGACGUUGAAGAAUGGGUUGAUCACAAAGUUCAGAGAGUACUUCAACACUUGGCUGGUCGUGAGGGACCUGAGGGAAACUCCGGCGGCACCGGUGGCGUGGGUGGAAGAAGAUCAAAAGCAGGUGGAGAAGAUAACGUUGUGGCAGAGUCAGCCUCGUGAUCUCUACCGCCGAUCACUUCCGGGAUUACUCUUGGCCAUUUAGCCACAAUAAUAUCAUCAUUUUGAUCUUUUUAUAAACCAAAAAAGUGUACUUAGCAUUUAAUAACACGUUCAUUUUCAAAAACUCAACAAAUAGCGUCAAGCAUUGUGAGUUCGGUACUGUAUUUGGAAUGUGUGGGUCAAAUCGUCAAGUGCUCCGAAAAAUAAAUUUGAGAGAAAACAAUAAUAAUGACUGUGUCAGA